UAACAGGGACCUUAAAUGGUAUUAUUGACAUGUUAAGCCAUUGUUCAAAUUUAUUUAUUUAUAGUUUAUGAAGUGCUGCAAAUGGGUAUGUUAUAUGUCUCACUAGGGGCCAACUCGAGGUUCAUAUGCUUCCACAAUGCUGGUAUGCCGUCUAAAAUCACACACUGGAGCAGGAUGAUGCCACUGUUGUUUGGUUCUGUGUAAAGAUGCAAAGGAGGGAUAAAUAAGGGACUGUGUAGCUCUAUAGCGCCACCUCUGUGUAAAAGGGGCUGUAUUCUAAGUGUUGAGAGGAGGAACAGAAAUAAAGAGGGAGUGAAGCGAGGAGUUUCUGCCCUGAAUUGGACCAAACCUUUAAAUGUAACUCUGCUCCUCUGCCUCCUCUGGUCUGUGUGUGAGUGAGUGUGAUGGAUACAGAGACGGAGCGGAGCGGCAGAUUUAGGAGCUAUCUGGGGCGCCGUUUAAUGACAAAACUUCCUUUUGCUGGAAUAUUCACUAAAUAAUUCAGCGCUGCUGAAAACGAGUUUUAUAAAAAUGUGUGAAUAAUAAAUACAUGCUGUUGGUUUCCUCCCUGACCGCCACGGGUGUUACGAAACUUUAUAUCCUCUCGCCCAAAUUAAACCCCUUUGAUUUUUAUGAUAUGUAAAUCUUUAUGUUUUUUUAAUUCCAGGCUUGAAUUACAAAGGAGGAAUAUUAGAGAACAGAAACGUGGUCUCACAGCAGCUGUUACAGGGUCUAACUGGAGUGUGUUUGUGGGGAAAUUAAGCUGUUAUUUUUAAACGUAUUCUCAGUUAUCACGUCCCGAAGUGAAGAUCCACCUCAGUUUAUGUUUGAAGGGAAACUAUUGAUGAUUCUAUGAGAGGAACAUGUAAUAAAUUCUUCAUGAAAUGUUCCUCACAUCAGUUCCUGAGUGCUGACGUCUAAUAAAGUUUUAUUUUCACCUCUCUGUGUUCUCAGGUUGCCGGUCCUGGAGUCCACGGCCCCCUCCGGUGACUUGUCUCGGCCUCACCAUAUAGUGUCAGUGGUGCCCAACCGCCUCCCCCGCUGGUUCACUCUCAGCCACAUAGAGACCCAACAGUGUGAACUGGCCUCCACCAUGCUCACUGCUGCUAAAGGCGAUGCUCGUAAGCUUGAAACAGUGUUAGAGUCCAUCCAGAAGAACAUCCACUCCUCAUCCCACAUCUUCAAACUGGCCCAGGAUGCCUUCAAAAUUGCCACUCUCAUGGACAGCCUGCCAGACAUCACGCUGCUCAAAGUCUCCCUGGAGCUGGGUCUUCAGGUGAUGAGAAUGACACUGUCUACCUUGAACUGGCGGAGGAGAGAGAUGGUGCGAUGGCUGGUGACUUGUGCUACUGAAGCUGGUGAGUUUGUUUUUCUAAUGAAAAGUAAUUCACCGUCAUAUGAACCUUAACAUGGUGACAGCGGCAGAUACACAGCUAGAAGUUAUUCUUGAACAACUGUCAU